CGGACGAACAUCACCUCUCUCCCACCCGAAAUCAUCCUCGAAAUCGUCGACCGUCUUCAUCCUGUCGACCGUGUCUGUCUCGGCCUGACAUGCAAAUACCUCCUUUCCUCCACCAUGCCUACUUUACAUGUCACACGCUCAGACUGGCUGCGCUUCCACGAUCGGCGGUACAGCUUCAUCCUCCCUCAGAUGCCCACUCUCUUCGUACGACUCGCUCACGGUUGGGUUCCCAAGGAUAAAUUUCGCUACUGUUAUCGCUGCUCCAAGAUCCUGCCGCGGUCACAUGAAUACUUUUGGGACAGACUGCGCAGGACGAAGAGCCCAAGGUUUCGCAAUGGACUGGGCAUAUCGGAAAAACACUGGAACUCGCUGGGCAAGAAGGGGAAAUAUGCAUAUCUGGUCGAGAACUGGUGCCAUUCCCCCGAGGAGGAUAGCAGCGGUUUCUUCUGCGGCCACUGCUACUGGCGGGAAAAGGAUCGCAUCAACUGUCCCGUGUAUUGUCCUCUGUGCCUGGAGAUCGAUUUGACAUGGGCACCCCCGAGGAAACCUUGGGUGAGGAAAAGCUUGUGUCGGGGCUUGAGGGCUCUAGUGACCCCGAUCGAACUAACUGCGUACUGGCUGCUCGUCUGUUGUCUGUAUGCGGUAAGGUUCCUAUACGAUCAGGCGGUGCGAUGUUGGGAAGCCUUGCAUCGAAUUCCGUCGCUCUUGUCG